AUGCUGCGCCCAAACAGCCUGCACUUCUCGGGCUCUAGCUGUGGUCCCUGUGUGCCGCAGUCCCCUGAAAGGGCUGGUGGCGCAGAUCCCAAAGAGUCCCGGCCUCUGCCGGGCCUGAAGCUCUUGUUAUGUGCCUGCGCUCCAAGCUCAUCCCGCUCGUCCGCAUCUGUGGAACCGGUCACAGCGCGCUGUGAUAUGGCAGUGCCGAAACACUGUGGUCCGCCAUCAGCCAUCGAGGCUCUUCAGAUUCAAGAGCCUAGUUUCUGGGUUCUGUGGCUCUUCCAGGCUGUCGGAGUUCAUCCUUGA